CUUCAGCUUGCAAAGAUGGACAUGCAACCAGAUGUUAAAAUAAGCAACCUCGGCCUGCAUAAAGGGCACUGUGUGGAAGUGAGAGGACGUAUCACAAAAAAUGUUAACAGAUUUGCUGUUAAUUUGGGAAGAGAUGCCAAGAAUUUGAUCAUGCACUGCAACCCUCGAUUUGACUAUUCCGUGGAUAAAGACACCAUCAUUCUCAACGCAAAGAUAAAUGACGUCUGGGGGACUGAACAGAAGGAACCGGCGUUCCCAUUCAAGGCGGGUUCGGAAACCUUGUUGAUUUUUGAUUUUGACGACUGCAUAACUGUGCAUUUACCUGAUGGCAAAGAAAUUAAAUUCGCCUGUCGGUUCCCAAUAGAUGUGGUUAAUUACCUGGAUCUUUGCGGCCUUGAGCUCACUUCAAUCACAGUUCGUUAACUGAUUUGUAUGGAUAAAGCAAAGUCUUGAGAAUAUGACACUGGGCCAAUGACACAGAUAUGUAAUGAUCCUGAUAUAGAUUAACUAUAUAUUUCACAUAGCGUAGAAGGCAUAGGCUGCACCUCUUCAUCUGCUGUAAUGCUAUUGGCUGCUGAUUUUGCCAAAACACAGAUCUGCUGCGAAGUCAUUUCAUUGUUCUAUCCAUUGCUCAGCCUCUAAAAAAUGAGUUUCACCUAAUAUUUUAGAAUAUAUACAGUGUCUGAUCACAGUUGCUAAUACAUUAAGGAAUACAUUAAUUAAGCAUUUCCUAUGUGUGCAUUAUAUGCUUUUGUUAACAUAGGGCUGUGUGCUACCUGAAUAUUCACCUGCGCUAACAAUAAAGUCUUAUUGCAUCCA